AUGUCGAGUAGUGGAGAAACUUUGUGUGGCGCUAUAUCGCCCACCACAUCGGUGGCCUCAGCCGUUAUACCUGGCUGUAGUAAUACAGCAAACUAUUUAAGAUCUCUAGCCACCGAUGAAAAUACCUGCAAUACACUGCCACAUGUAACAAGUGCAAGUGCGGCCAGUGGCCAACUGAAUGCCUCCACUACUGGUGCGGGUUUAAGCAACAAUUUACAAUUGAAUCGUAAUCUGGUAAUGUUGCGCAAUCAUUUGCGCAAAAAUACCAAUAACAUAACAGCAGGUACAGCAGCGGUAAUAAAUACUGCAACAACUAGUGGCAGCAGUAGCAGCAGCAGCACCAACAUUACCACAGGCAGCAGUCGAGAGAUUACAAAGGAACAAUAGCCCAGUUCUAUGGCCAAACAACUACAAUACUACAACAUCAUCAGCGUCAUAAGUACGUAUGUAUUAAAUUAAAUUAUAAAUAAUAUUGAAUAAAAUCUAUCAAUCU